GUCGGGAGUCAGAACCAUGGAGCCUCCCCGGGUGGUGCUGGUGAUGGGAGUGAGCGGCUCGGGAAAGUCGACAGUGGGAUCACUCCUGGCAAUUGAGCUGGGGUGGAAAUUCUAUGAUGCAGAUGACUACCAUCCUGAAGAAAAUCGAAAAAAGAUGGGGAAAGGAAUACCACUGAAUGACCAGGAUAGGAUUCCAUGGCUUUGCAACUUACAUGACAUUUUAUUGAGAAAUGUGUCUUCGGGUCAAAGUGUGGUCCUUGCCUGUUCUGCUUUGAAGAAAAUGUACAGAAACAUCUUAAUGAGAGGAGAAGGUGCUGUAACUCAGAAGUAUGAGCCAGGAGAGAAAGAAGGGUUCCCGAAGCUGAAGCUCCUUGUGGUCUAUUUGAAUGGGUCUUUUGAAGUGAUCUCUGGGCGUUUAGCCAAAAGAAAAGGACAUUUUAUGCCACCAGAAUUGCUCCAGUCUCAGUUUGACACUCUGGAACCCCCAACAGCACCAGAAAACUUUCUGUCACUUAAUGUGAACAAAAGUGUCUCAGAAAUGAUUCCUUUUAUUGUGGACAAUAUAAAAAUUAAAUGAGAACUCUUUUGGAGCAAUCAUCAGAUCUGAAUUAGACAUUCCUACUUAUAAAAUAUCUUAAUUUUCUCCUCUGAAUGUCAAUUCUACAGUGUACUGGGAGUUGCUUAUACCUUUCCAAAAAUAUCAGAAUUGUUUCCCAACUUACUUUCCCUGACACCUGCUAAUCGAAUCUUCCCUUAUAACAAAGUGGGUGAAACCCGGUCAACAAACUGAAUGUAUCUGAUGAUACAGACCUAUAACAUAAUUGCAGACCCACAGCUCUCCACUUCUCUACCAGAAAGGGGAAGGCAUUUUUCCUUCUUUCUUCUCUAGGAUCAAAAUGGGCUUUACUGAGUUUGGCAAUAGUUUAGUGUUUAUUUUUAAUUGGCAAUAUUGUAGUCAUUGCGUAUUUCGUUUUCUGGUUCUAUUCUCUUUACUCUGCAUCAGUCCACACAAAUCUUCCCAAUGUUUCUCCAAAUUCCUCCUAUUCAUUGUUUCUUAUGGGGCAAUAAAUAAAUUCCUUUAAUAGUUUGUUCAUCCA